AUGGAACUGAAACAAAAACAUGAACAACAAAAUCAACAUACACUAUUUAUUUCAUGUCCAAAAUCGAUAGAUCAUAAACAACUAGCUGAUUAUAAAAAACGCAUCAUAGAGUGGUGGAAGAAAUAUUAUGGUAAUGAACCACAAACAAAACAUAUUCAGAUCAAAUGGGUAGAAUCAACAUCGAAGAAUCUCACCAAUUGUGAUAUUCUCGUUAAUAAACGACCACCUAUUCAUCUUUU